UCCAUUUCCUAAGGCAUCAUUAGCGAUGGAGUACUCGCCAAAGCUAGGGGCGGCACUGCUCUUAGCUCUCGCGUCCGCCAUGAUCGUCACCGCCCAGAACGGGGCCGAUGACAUGCUGAACGCCCACAAUGAAGUGCGCGCCGCCGUCGGUGUGGGGCCAGUGACGUGGGACCCCAUAGUGGCGGCGUACGCGCAGUCGUACGCGGAGAAGCGCCGCGCCGACUGCCAGCUACUACUCUCUCCGGAGGUGCGCCCAUACGGAGAGAACCUUUUUUGGGCCGCUGGGGCCGAAUGGAAUGCGGUGGACGCAGUGAUUUAUUGGGCGUCCGGGAAGCAGUACUACGACCACGCCACCAACACCUGCUCCGCACCUACGGGUGAGUCGUGCAUGGGAUACCUGCAGUUGGUGUGGAGGGACACCAAGACCAUCGGCUGUGGCGCUGUCCUCUGUGACGGCAACGCUGGCGUGUUUGUCAUCUGCAGCUACAGCCCGCCCCCCGUGCUCGGGCAGAUUCCGUACUAGGCUACGUGCCAAGUAUAUAUGCAUGCGGCUAUGCAUGCAUGCACGUAGCACCAUGUUGCUUAAAUAAAUAAUUAAGGGAUACUCCUAGGGCUGGGCACUAAUUCUCGGUCGAUUGAUGUCACCGAUGUGUGUGUGUGUGCCCAGAAUCCCUCCUCCCUUCACUCCUGUAUCGUUCCGGGCUUUGAUUGUUAUUGUAUUUGUCCCGCAAGUUGUGAUUGGCUUGUAUUUGUUUGUAUUUGAACUUGUUAUUCC